AUGCAGCUUAGUCAGUGACCUCCGACUGGAGGAAGUAAACAAACUGUGCUUUCAUCUGUAGGAAUAGGAUAUUUAUUGGAAUACGAGGAAAAUCUGAAGGAAUUUGAAAAUUAAUACGACAUUUAUUUUAGUUGCCGCGUCUAAACGGUGCUGGUGUUAAAGCUGCACAUAGAUGAUUAGAGAGAUUGUUAGGAUUUAAUGUGAAACUCGUUCUGUGGAGAUUGUAAACAAACACUACAAUGAGUUUCCCCUUAAACGCGUCUUUCCUAAACACAAGCGAAGCCUCUGUUAUCGAGUCUGCAGUCAGAACGGCGGUCAUGUCCAUCCUGAAGGUUUUCUGUGAGCUGAAUGACAAGAGGUCGAGGUGCUAUGAGGAGAAGUUAACCGAGGCGCAAAGACAAAACACGGCGCUGAAGAUCCAGUUAAAAGCAGCCGAGCAGGAGCUUCACACCUUACGACAGAUCUCUACUGACUACAGCAUCUCAGCUGAGGUGACCUUCAGUGAAGAACCGGCGUCUUUACAGAGUGUAUCAGAGUCGAGCGACUCUGUCGUGGUGUUAAAGGAAGAAGAGCCUUUUUACCAGAGCGAGAUGUUUAUAAAGAGUGAAAUGUCAGAGGAAUAUAAUGCAGUGAACUUUGAAAACGCGCAAAACUGCCAACAAACUGCGCAAAUCCAGACAUACGGGACCACCAUCAUCAACAACAACAACGACAUUAGCCACGCCCACUUAAUCAAUCCAGAUCCAGUUUUAACCGGAUCUAAGACAAAAAGACUGACACGGUACGAGAAUGUGAGAAGAUACAGAGAAAGGAUACGUGCUGAUCCUGUUAAAUACCUCGCCUGGAAGGAGAAGAACCACCUGAGAGCGAGGAGCGAAGAAUGAGGAAAUGAAAUGAGAAGUAUGCACUUCUUUGACGUGUGUAUUUGUAAAUCAUUCAGGUAUCUGCAGAACAGAAAGACCAUUAAUGAACUUCCUGAGUCCAUGAAGAAUCUUCAGAGAAAGGCCUGGAGAGAGGCUACAAGGCGACACCGUGCAAAAAAACUGGCUCAAGCUGCUUUUUCUGCUACGUCCAUGUCACAAACAACCAGCCUAUGACCGGGACUAUUUUAUUUUAUAUUUUUUACCUUAGACUCAGUGCUCUAUGGGCAAAAUGUGUCCACUUAGUAUAUGUGUAUUUACGAUUAACUGUGUACUUGAGUUGAAUGAAAAUAGAUACCUGUGUGCUCACAAACCAGAUGUUUUAAAAUUGUCAGAUGUCUAUGGUUGUGUUGGUCCAAUGCACAUAAAGAAAAAGGUGUGUUUUAGGUAUAAUAUUGCUCAAAUAAAUUAACAUGUAUGUGA